CGCCCCGUGACGUCAGGCCCCGCCCCGGCGCCCGCUUCCAAGAUGGCGGCAGCGAUACCUGCCCGGUUGUCCGGGUGGCGGUGACGACGGGGAACAGACCAGGUGACUGGUUAUCCUUGAUCAUUUCUGGUUUCUGCUGGUUCCAGAUUGGCUAUUGGAAUGCUUUUUUUUUUUUUUUCUGUCCUCUGUGACCGUCCCAAUUUGAGAUAAUGCCUCAUAUCUCUGCUCCCCGGGGACCUCCUGAAGCCCCUAUGAUCCGGAAAAAGACAGCUUGAACACAGAAAUCCUUUCACUCCUCACCUAGCCCUCACUCCAGGAUGUUGCGGAGGCUCCUGGAGAGGCCCUGCACGUUGGCCCUGCUUGUGGGCUCCCAGCUGGCAGUUAUGAUGUAUCUGUCACUAGGAGGCUUCCGAAGUCUUAGCGCCCUAUUUGGUCGAGAUCCGGGCCCAACGUUUGACUAUUCCCAUCCCCAUGACGUCUAUAGUAACCUCAGUCACCUGCCUGAGGCCCCUGCAGCUGCAGGAGCUCCUCCAGCUCAAGCCCUGCCCUACUGCCCAGAAAGAUCACCUUUCUUAGUGGGUCCUGUGUCAGUAUCCUUUAGCCCAGUGCCGUCACUAGCGGAGAUUGUGGAGCGGAAUCCCCGGGUGGAAUCAGGGGGCCGGUACCGCCCUGCAGGGUGUGAACCCCGCUCCCGAACAGCCAUAAUUGUGCCCCAUCGCGCCCGGGAGCACCACCUUCGCCUGCUGCUCUAUCACCUGCACCCUUUCCUGCAGCGCCAACAGCUCGCAUACGGCAUCUAUGUCAUCCACCAGGCUGGAAAUGGAACGUUUAACCGGGCAAAGCUGCUGAACGUCGGGGUGCGGGAAGCCCUUCGUGACGAGGAAUGGGACUGCUUGUUCUUACACGAUGUGGAUCUCCUUCCGGAGAAUGACCAUAACCUGUAUGUGUGCGACCCCCGGGGACCCCGCCAUGUUGCCGUUGCCAUGAACAAGUUUGGAUACAGCCUCCCGUACCCCCAGUACUUUGGUGGAGUUUCGGCGCUCACUCCUGACCAGUACCUGAAGAUGAACGGCUUCCCCAACGAAUACUGGGGCUGGGGUGGCGAGGAUGACGACAUUGCUACCAGGGUCCGCCUGGCUGGGAUGAAGAUCUCUCGACCGCCUACCUCUGUGGGACACUAUAAGAUGGUGAGGCACAGGGGGGACAAAGGAAACGAGGAAAAUCCCCACAGAUUUGACCUCCUGGUCCGUACCCAGAAUUCUUGGACACAAGAUGGAAUGAACUCACUAACAUACCGAUUGCUGGCAAGAGAGCUGGGUCCUCUUUACACCAACAUCACUGCAGACAUUGGGACUGACCCUCGGGGUCCCCGGUCUCCCUCUGGUCCCCGGUACCCACCAGGUUCCUCUCAGGCCUUCCGUCAAGAGAUGCUGCAACGCCGGCCCCCGGCUAGGCCUGGCCCUCUGCCUACUGCCAACCACACAGCCCCCCGGGGUUCACGCUGACUCUUUGCCCAUUUUAAUCAUGAAACUGAACCUGAGGGGCUGCGUUCCUCACACCCUCUGCCCCUCACUGCUCUCAGAGGGAUGUGAGGGAUUUAACUCCAGGGCUGUGCUAGGGGGCAGGGACCUCUCCUCACUGCUAGAUUGGAGCUGGGCUCCUCUAGACCCGGAGGUUCCUCUUUCUAGGGGCCACCUGUCAGGGCUCAUGACUGUGAAUCUUUGAUGUCAUUCUCUGCCCCUGGGGUGGGAGCAGGGCUGGACCCAAAGUCCCUUCCUCGUCCAUGGGCGUUACUCUUUUCCAAGAGUGGCCUGGCUUCUCCUGGGACCUCUGUGAAUAUUUAUUCUAUUUAUGGUUCCUAAGAAGCUGUCUGGUGGGAGAAACCCCUAGCUGGGCAUUUCCUGCGAGUGCUGGAAUGGUCCCCUCGGGUCUGGAAUGGCCAGGGGGAGGCAGGGGCUGGGAUUUUGAUAUCUUUUCUAAUAAAGGAUUUUGUCUCA